GUGGGGAAGGGCUUAAAGGCUGAGUCAAAAGCCAAGAAGUCUCUUUAUUUACGCCUACCUCCCUGCCCCUGGCAAUCUGACUAAUAACAAACUGAGCUAACGAGAAAGACUAGAAAGAGCAGAGAGCACACAGAAGCAGCUUCCAUCUAAAAAUCUCACAAAACAAGUGAUCAAGUUAAGCUCUGCUGAGCAUCUUGUUUGUUUACUGCAUCCAAAUGCUUGCAAACAGUUAACUAUAUGCAGAUAAGUCAGCAUAGCUGCGAAGUAUGCUGUGAAUUUUAAUUGAGGAAGAAGGACAACUACUUAUAGGAUAGUCUAAUGUGCACGCUGCCUGGAAGAUCUUUUCAAUCGAAUGCUUUGUACUUUGUCUUCUGAACAAGGAUUUUAACUUUAUGGAGCUCUAGUAUUACCAGAGCUUGCAGCAAAGUGAAACUCAGAAGAAAGUGUGCAUUUUUGACAGGGAAAAAUUCCAUCGCAUUGAAACAGCUGCUUCAACUGUGCAUUACUGAGCAUUUCAGGGAGUGUUACUGCUGUACAGAAUCUGCUGGGCACCAUGAAGCUCUGGAUUUUUAUUCUAUAUUCAGUUGUCGUUGCAUCUGAUCCUUUCCACUCACAGCCUUCUUUUUCUUCAGUCAGAGGAUCUUGUCAGAGUUUGUGUUCCUGUGAAGAAAAGGAUGAUACCAUGAUUAUAAACUGUGAAGAAAGAGGCAUCAAGAUGGUAUCAGAAAUAAAUGUCCCACCAUCACGGCCUUUUCAUCUUAAUCUUUUAAACAAUGGCCUGACUAUGUUGCAAGUGAAUGAUUUCGCUGGCCUUGUUAAUGCUAUCUCUCUACAUCUUGGUUUUAAUAAUAUUGCAGAUAUUGAGCCUGGGGCUUUCAAUGGUCUCAGCCUUCUUAAGCAACUUCAUAUCAAUCACAAUUCUUUAGAAACACUUAAAGAAGAUACGUUUAAUGGAUUGGAAAAUUUGGAGUUUCUUCAAGCAGACAACAAUUUCAUCACAGUGAUUGAAGCAAGUGCCUUCAGCAAGCUCAACAGGCUUAAAGUGCUUAUUUUGAAUGAUAAUGCCAUUAAGUAUCUUCCUCCAAACAUAUUUCGUUUUGUGCCAUUGACCCAUUUAGACCUCCGUGGAAACCAGUUACAGACACUGCCCUAUGUUGGCUUUUUGGAACACAUCGGUAGAAUACUAGACCUCCAGUUGGAAGACAAUAAAUGGGCCUGUAACUGUGAUUUGCUGCAGCUGAAAAUAUGGCUAGAAAACAUGCCUCCUCAGUCAAUUAUAGGUGACAUUGUAUGCAAUAGUCCUCCAGUUAUCAAAGGUAGCAUCUUAAGCAGGUUGAAAAAAGAAUCACUUUGUCCUACUCAUCCUGUCAAUGAACUUGAAGAUCCUUCAGGGUCACUGCCGUUGGUUGUAACCACCUCUAUCAGUGAUAGCCACCUAUCAGCUAAGGUGAUUCCUAUCCUGAAAGCUCCUACUAAAGAACCAAGUUUAGUGCUUCAUACUUCAAAGCCUACUACUGAGUUUCCAGGAAUCUACUGUCCCAUCCCCUGUCACUGCACCAGCCAUAUGCUCUCAGGAGUUCUCAUGCACUGCCAGGAGCGAAAUAUUGAAAGCUUGUCCGAUUUAGGACCCCCUCCUCCAAAUCCUAAAAAGCUUAUUCUAGCUGGAAACAUUAUUCAGACAUUACUGAAAUCAGAUCUUGCGGACUAUGCCAGCCUGGAAAUGCUUCACCUGGGGAACAAUCGCAUUGAAAUCCUUGAGGAAGGAUCUUUCAUGAAUCUGACUAGACUGCAGAAAUUAUAUCUCAAUGGCAAUCAUCUUACAAAGCUAAGUCAGAAUCUCUUCCUUGGCCUUCAGCACCUUGAAUACUUGUACCUUGAAUAUAAUGCCAUCAAAGAAGUAUUGCCAGGAACAUUUAAUGUAAUGCCAAAACUUAAGGUCCUUUAUUUAAAUAACAACCUUCUGCAGGCUUUGCCACCCCAUAUCUUUUCAGGUGUUCCACUUACCAGACUAAAUCUGAAAACAAACCAAUUUUCUCAUUUGCCUGUGAGCAAUAUCUUGGAUGAACUGGUUAUGCUGGUACAAAUUGAACUUGAAGACAACCCCUGGGACUGUAGCUGUGAUUCAGUUGCGCUACAAAAAUGGAUACAAAAACUGAGUAAAAAUAUUAUGAUGGGUGAUAUUUCUUGUAAAUCUCCAGGACACCUAGCAAAAAAAGAGCUGAAAUCCCUGAACAGUGAAGUCUUGUGUCCAGGUUUAAUAAACAGCCCUGCUCUACCAACUCAUGCCGGUUUUGUAGUUGUGACAACUUCUACUACUACUACCAACACCGCAGACACCAUUCUGCGGUCCCUUACAGAUGCUGUCCCACUUUCUGUCCUAAUAUUAGGACUUCUAAUUGUGUUUAUAACUAUUGUAUUUUGCGCAGCAGGAAUAGUUGUUCUUGUUCUUCAUCGGCGACGAAGAUGCAAAAAGAAACAAGCUGAUGAACAAAUGAGGGAUAGUAGCCCUGUUCACCUUCAGUAUAGCAUGUAUGGGCAUAAGACAACACACCACACAACUGAGCGCCCAUCUGCAACUCUUUAUGAGCAACGUAUGGUUACUCCUGUGGUUCAGGUCUACCGCAGCCCAUCCUUUAGCCCCAAGCAUACUGAACAACAGCAGGAUGGAAGUGAGAAGGAAGCUAGUGAUUCCAAACAUCUCUGCCGAAGUCUCCUGGAAAGAGAAAACAGUUCACCUCUUACAGGUUCAAAUAUCAAAUAUAAGGCUACAGACCAAUCUGCAGAGUUUCUUUCUUUUCAGGAUGCCAGCUGCUUGUAUAGAAACAUUCUUGAAAAAGAGAGAGAACUUCAGCAACUAGGGAUCACAGAGUAUCUAAGAAAAAAUAUUGUCCAGUUCCAGCCUGACAUGGAAGUUCAUUAUCCUGGAGCACAUGAAGAGCUGAAGCUAAUGGAGACACUCAUGUACUCCAGACCAAGAAAGGUUAUUCUAGAACAGACUAAAAAUGAGUAUUUUGAACUCAAAGCUAAUUUACAUGCUGAGCCUGACUACCUGGAAGUCCUGGAGCAGCAAACAUGAAGUGAUAGUACUCUGGGCCAGGGCUGAAUUUCUGUAAUUCUAUUUUAAGUUGGAACCAUUGUAAAUAAAAGUGCCUUAUAGUAACAUGUCAACAAUCAGAACUUAAGCACAGCAGUAAUCCUAGCAAAAAAACUCAGGGAUCACUGUGGGAAGCUAUGGGGUUGUGCGCAGGCAAUAUGUCUUACCCCAAGUUAAACAUAAACUUUGUGUGAUUGAACUGUGGGAGGAAGAUUGCUUAUUGCAAUAUUCCACAACACUUUAAAAAGGUGUGUUUGGCACUCUCCGUUCUGUACCUGACCUAUGGAAAAAUAUGUUACCUUUACUCUUUCUUUUUCCCCUCAAUUUAAUUAGAUUCCUUUUUUAAAAAAAAUCCUACCUGUGUUUGUAGUUACAAGGUUAGGGUGGUUUGGUUAGGUUAGUACAUGCACUGCAUACAUGACCGUUGUCUACAGCUACACCUAACAUACCUUUAUAAUAAAUAUGAAAGAAGUUAAAAUGUUGUCAUACUAAAUGUCAGUUAAAAAAAAAAAAACCCACACAGAAAAAGAAAAGAUUUUUGUGUAUGCACCCAGAGCCUGCAAAUAUUUAAAUAUUUUACAUGAAACUUCAUUGUAUGCAUUCUGUAUCAGUAUGUGGAAGGAAAAAUAUGUAACCGUGUUUACCCAACAUCUUCAAUGAAGAAAAAAGUAAGCCUUUUGAAGAAAAAAGUAAGCCUUUUGCUACUUUCCCUAUCUGAUAGCUUUACCUAAGUUUGGACAAUCUUUUCUUGAGCUGCUGCUAUAAAAUAUUGUGCAUCACUGGUGUUUCAACUCAUAAUCCUCGGCAAUUUGAAAAGCUACUGAGAAUCAACUGUAAAUAUGUUACUGUGUUUAAUAAGUUUGAUUUUGUUUUAUACAGAUAUCUAUAUCUAUAUAUAUAUAAAAGUAACUUCUGUGCUGGCUUUAAAUAUUCUUGGAGGAAAUGAGUUUGCUGUGGCUAAGAAUUUCCAAGUGCAAAUACAGAUCCUUUUCCAUCCUACCCAAAAGCAACUCCCAGACAGAACAACUGCAACAGUACACACACGAGGAAGAAUGAUAGUAUUUAGCUGUUUGUACAAAAAAAGGUUAUAUUUUCUGAAAUUAGAAGAACAUAAUGUGUUGUGGGAAAAAAAAGGUAUAAGAAAGUAGAACACUGCAGGUUUAUUUUUGCAAUGAAUUCUUGCUAGAUUUAUAUUUGCUAUUUAUUCUGUGUAAUUUCAUAUUUUUUUUCAACUUACAAGAAAAGAAAAAGCUUAUUCCUGGCUGCCUUUCAAGCAAAUCAAGGAACUGCUCUCUAUCAAUGAAAAAGAAAUAAAGAGGUUUUUUAAUGUCUUUUUCUUAAAGGUCACUUUUUAAAGAAGAAAGGAACUCCUGCAUGCACAAGUUUAGAAUUGUUUGGGAAUUAAACACAAUAAUUCUCAUUCUUGUCAUAUGGACAGAAGCAUCUUGUCCAGAGCGCAGUAAUUCCAUUCAAUUUCUGUGCAUGACUGACAUGGUGCCAAAACACAAAUUCUGACCUGCAUUUAUCUUCCUCUAAGCAAAUCUUUUGUAAAUUGACUAUGCAUGAACUGUUUUUUUUCUAAUUUGUAUUUGUAGAGCUGAAGAUCAGCAUCAUUACUACAUGUCCAUAUAUGUAUGCCAUAUUUAGCAUUGGAGUCUUGAUAAACUCAAAAGAUAUCGUUUAGUUCACCUUACUGUUGAUGUCUUACCUAUUUGUAUAUGCAAAUAUGAGUUCUUCGUAUUGUUUGUACAUACAUUUCUGACAGAAAAUUUCCUAUACUACAUACAAAAGAUUCUUAGAUUCUCAGUUCUUUCAAAUCUGCGUGGAGUUAAUGACUUUGAUGGUGCUAUACUAAUUUGUGUAAUUUGAGGAACUGACCACAUGGUGUUUCUGUUAGCAAAUCAACUUCCUUAUCAAUAUUUUUGAGGUGUCAUAAAUUUGCUAUGGAAAUCAAACCUGUUGACUUCCAAAAAUCAAAAUUUCAGUUGUUAGAGAACAAGUAUUAUUUCCUCUGUCUAUGGCCAAGAAUAACUUAGUUUAGAAAACCUGUGUAUUUAGGAGGAUUAGGAAGAGUAACUCUGGUAUAGCAACAAUAAAAUAUAUUUGUUUUAUUGCUAUCAUUAUUCCAUAUAAGUAAGCAAAAUGCUAAGUAUUAUUUGUGCAGGUAAGGGUGAGACAAAAGGGAAAAUGCAGCUACAUUAACUUUACAUUAACUUUACAUUAACUUAGUUAUCUAAAUAACUAUCUGUUACUUUAACUGCUCUUGCAUAUUCAAGACAUGUGAAUGGGCUUCAUGGGGACAUCAUGCAACUUAUGGAAACCCAUGCCCUGGUCUAGAGGAGCAACUGGAACCUUGGUGGAAUGGCUUGAGCAUCAAAAUGACACUAGAUGAUAUCUACAUUUAAGCAAUUUACUUUCCGAAAGAAAAAAACAAGCUGAGUAACUCCUUUAUUUGAAAUAAUUAAGAUUCAAUGAGAAAACCAAUUUCAGUCAAUGGAAGUGACACUAGAAAACUCUGAAUAUUAAAUCAGACCCUCUAACAUUGUUUGUUGUAGGAUUUUCAGAGAUCUCAAAUCAGUAUUGAGGAAAAAUACCCAAUGAAAACACAGAACAAAACUGUUCAUGGUGCUUGAUAACAGAGUUUAAUCCUUCAGUGUCUUUCACUUCAGUAGUUAUUUCCAUUAGUAAAAAAUGGGAGUAAAAAUAGUACCCUGCAAUUGGCAAAAUGUAGGGACAUGAUGAUUCAGGCCCUCAAGCUUAGAUAUAAGAGAAAUAGCUUCAGACUAAAGACAAUUGCCACAUGCACAGAUGUCACUUUGCUUAGCUGCUGACAGUUAUUUGGCAGAAUGUUGAGGACAACUGUGUGGCAAAACAUUCUUUGUUGCAGUCUCAAAGCAUCAGAAAGAACAGUGAUCUAAAUUAACGUCAAGGCAACUCAGUUGUACAGCUGUAUCGGAGCAUCGCUCAGCAGAAUUAAAGUGAGUUUUAGCUUUUAGCUUUCCCUUAGCAGGGAGAUUCACAUCAUUCACAUGUAAGGGCAACUGUACUCUGUGGCAGCCUGUAACUCUGAAAGUGGUUUUGCAGUAUCUAGGCAUCACUAGAAUGUGGCACGUUACCUACUCUCCUAUCAUCUGUCUCUACUGGACUGUCAUGUAGUGAAAGUUUGCAUGAUGAGGAGGGAGGGGUCUGCCUAUAGCCUCACCUCUUAAUAACCUUUUCAGACAGUGGUUUUUCCAGCUAUGAGGAAACUUUAUAUUGCCAUUACAAAAAGAGAUGAGAAUUUGGCUUUACAUGAUUAUUCUCCAGCUGAAUAGUAUCAAUAUCUGCUGAUAAAAGUAAAAUCAUGUCAUAAGAAAGGCAUCAUGUACCAAGAAAAAAGGAUGCAAUAUCUGUUUCUAACAGUUUCUUGGAACAUUUUCAUUAUAACAAUUAGAAAUGUGUCCUUAAUGUUAUUUGUGUUUGCAGAAAGUUGGGAGGGGUAUUCAGAAUUUUUUUUGUCAAUACCCUUGUCUCUUUUUUUUUUUUUUCCAGUGACAAGGCAAAGUUAAGUGGUUUGAUACAAUUCACUUUGCUAGAAUAACAGAGGUUGGAAGGCAAAGCGUGAUUGACAGUUUGCAACUAAGUGGAUACAUUUUUCUCCUAACAGCACAAUAGUUUAAUUGAGUGUGAGAACAGUGCUUCACCAAGCACACUGGUGUAUAUGGCAGCUAUGUUAUUGUUGUUAGGGUACCUCAAGGUAAGCAACACUACCAUUUUUCCCCUCACAUCUGAGUGAAGAAAAUAUAUUAAAUAAUACUAUAGACCUGUUCCCUAAAUAAACAGAUAUAAAAGCAAUUUAUUGCAUUUUUUUAUUUUAAACUUCUUUUAUCUUUUCAACUUUAUAAAUUCAAAUGUAUUUUUCUUUCUUUUUUUUCCUGCUACAGGUAUUUGUCAUACAGACUUUUAGUAUCGAUACUUAAAUAUACAUUACUUGCAGAGAUGCUUCUCCAGGCUUCUGAACAGCUUGAAAUAAACCAAAACAAAACCAAACCCCCAUCCCAAAAACCCCUUCCAACAAAACCUGUAAAUUUACACAGAAAUUAAGGUAUUUGCCUAUUUAGUAUUAGUCCAGUAUAUUCACACAUUAUUCUCCACUGGAAUGACAGAUCAACCUUUCUGUAACCAAAUUCCAGACUGGAAAUGAGUUCAUACUUUUUAUCAGUGGUGUGUGAAAUCUACCAGAUUCUAAACCAAAGCUUUUUCACCUGCAGUCACUGUUUCCCUGAUUGUAAUUUAAGGAUCAAGUUCUGGCCACUCUUUGCAUGACGAAGAAGUGUUUACAAUGUGCAACUUAUUUGUAUUUACUUAAGAGAGAUUACUGAUUGUAUAGUAUGCUAAACUGAAAAGAUAAAUUUGACUGGGAUAUCAAACCAUCUUAUAAAGAUCCAUUUCUAGUGUGUUAAUAAAAAAGGGGUAUUUAUCACAAAUAAAACAUUAUUUCACAUGAUAAAGUAAUAGUGCCAAGGGAAAAAUGGAGACUGAAUCUUGAAGUCAUCAUCAGAAAGGAUUCUGGACUAUCAUUCUGAGAAAGCCAUUAUCUACAGCAAUAUACUUUAUUAGCCACACCAACACAAUCUGUAAGUUUCAUGUAGAUGCACUGAAAUCAUCAUGAGGAAAAGAAAACCCAAGCAAGCACCUGUCUUAAUUCAAAAGGUCAGCUGAAAAACUUUCUUAACACUAGCACAUUUCUCUAUUCUUCUCUUCUCUUGUGCUCCCCAGCACAGAAUACUUUAAUUUCCAUAAAUGAAUUUCCUGCUCAGCCAUAGACAGACCUCUGGCAGUACAAUCCACUGUGGCAACUGAAACCUACUCCAUGGAGAGGUUUUGCAGUGUUUGCAUUGCCUUCAGUGGUCAGUUCCUCUGGGACUUCAUGUUUGGUGCACCCUGUUGGAUUUGAGAUGGAGAAGAUGGAUCUACUACAGAUCCUGCAUUAGAAGUCAAAAGACCUGUCCCUUUCAGAUUUUCUGAAGUUUAUGGUAUUCUUGAUCAUUUUCAAGAGUUGGUAUCAAAUCUUUUUGUUCCUUGAAACAGGAGUGAACUGUAGCUGGAACAAAUAUAGGGAAGUUAAUUGCCAUACUGAAAAGGUAUAGCAUGGCUUUGUUUUUCCUGCACAUUUCCUAACAGUCAGCUUUGGCUUUUUGACACAACAGAACAAAUUCUUAAGAGCCACAGUUUAAUGGAUAGCAGCUAACCUCAAGGAAAAAAGUAAAACACCAGAUGCUGUUCAGCUCUAUGAAAGCAAGAUGUGAAGAACUUAUUUUAUUUAUUUAGGUUCACCGAGAUGGAGUGCAAGUACAUGUGCACAGCACAUUUCAUAAAGCAUUUACCAAAGUUUUGUGUUUUAAGACAUUAACUUCAAAAUAUUCACAGUAUGUUUCUCCUAUUACUACUGGAAGGACUGCUUCUACUCCUACUAUUACUUUUAGUUUUACAAUGGAAUGAUGAAACACAGAAAAGAAGAAAAAGUUGGUUUCAUGUUUCAAGGAGAAAUGUUAUUUAUUGUAACUUCAGCUGUUUGCCUUUGUAGAUCAAUUCAUCGAGAUUGUUUUGAGGUGAAUUGUUUUACAAGUUCAGAAUUUUUUAGGUUCUUACAGUUGUAACUAGUUACCAAAUAAAAUACAGAAGGAUAGUAAUUAAUUGUUCAAACAGAAAGAAGCCUGAAACCUUUUACAUGUGCGGAAAUCUUAUGGAAUGUUAGUAUAAACUUGCACUUUAAAAUAAACUAUAAAAUAGAUUGUGCUAGAUUGUAAAA